GGACGAACCCAUUCACCCGUCCGGCCGUCCGUGCGCGGCGCACCCACCCGGCACCGGCACCAGCAUCACCGCCCGCCCGGCGCCCGUCACGCUCGAGAGGAGGAGGAAGAAGAAGGGACUGGGCGACAGCGCGCGAUGGCCGCCGUCGUGUGCGUCACCGGCGCCGGCGGCUUCAUCGGCUCGUGGAUCGUCAAGAUCCUCCUCGCCCGCGGGUACGCCGUCCGGGGCACCUCCCGCCGCGAAGCUGCUGACCCCAAGAACGCGCACCUGUGGGCGCUCGACGGCGCGGCGGAGCGCCUCACCAUGCUGCAGGUGGACCUGCUCGACCGCGCCAGCCUCCGCGCCGCCUUCCGCGGCUGCGACGGCGUCAUCCACACCGCCUCGCCGAUGCACGACAACCCCGAGGAGAUCAUCGAGCCGAUUAUCGCCGGGACGCGGAACGUCGUGGAGGCGGCGGCGGACGCCGGCGUGCGGCGCCUGGUGCUGUCCUCCACCAUCGGCACCAUGUACAUGGACCCGCGCCGCGACCCCGACGCCCCGCUCGGCGACUCCAGCUGGAGCGACCUCGAGUACUGCAAGAGCACCGAGAACUGGUACUGCUACGCAAAGACGGUGGCGGAGCAGGGCGCGUGGGAGGCGGCGCGGGCGCGGGGGCUGGACCUGGCGGUGGUCAUCCCGGUGGUGGUGCUCGGCGAGCUGCUGCAGCCCAGUAUGAACACCAGCACCCUGCACAUCCUCAAGUACCUCACGGGACAGACAAAGGAGUACGUCAACGAGUCGCACGCCUACGUGCACGUCAGGGACGCCGCCGAGGCGCACGUCAGGGUGCUGGAGGCGCCCGGAGCCGGCGGCCGCCGGUACGUCUGCGCCGAGCGCACCCUGCACCGCGGCGAGCUCUGCCGCAUCCUCGCCGGACUCUUCCCGGAGUACCCUAUUCCGACAAGGUGCAAGGAUCAGGUGAACCCACUGAAGAAGGGCUACAAGUUUACGAACCAACCUCUGAAGGACCUUGGCGUCAAGUUCACGCCAGUGCAUGGGUACCUGUACGAAGCAGUGAAGUCCCUUCAAGACAAGGGGUUCCUCCCGAAGACAUCUGGCGCCAAGGUGCCUGAACGACGCAGCUGCCUGCCUCAAACGACAUCACAGCCACCACCCGAAAUCGUUUCGAAACUUUGAGGUGGAUCUGCACACGUGCUCAAACUGGCCAUGUGUUUUUUUGUCAGAACAAGCCGUUCAUUUGAUUGGUUAUUAAAAGAUUUUGGGCAGUCUGUUCUUACAUAGCAAAAAUGUCUUGUCUCUGUCUAUGGUGCAUCCUGUUGCUUUUGCACUACAACUAUACACAUCCUUGUCUGGGUAGUCUGUUCUUUACAUAGCAAAAUGCGAAGUCUGCAGGGUGAUUUCAGCGAUGAUGGAAGCAUGCCCGCCCACCUCUUGACUGCAUGCGCUGGUCAGCUGCGGCUUAUUCUACACAUCUUGCUUGUCUGUACUAGCCUGAGUUCAACAAGGAACAAGUCAGUCUACGCAUCGGUU